CCUGGGGGCACUUCGGGGAGGAGAGAGAGGUAGUCUCAGGAAUCAGAGAGAACCAAGGAAAACCUCUCAAAGUGACUCCCAAACAGGUUUGGAUUUCGAAUUGGAGGCUAAAGGCUGCUAGAAAUUGGGACGCUUCUGCCUCCUCUGCUCACCCCCAGCCCCCGCCCCGAGGGCCUGCGGGUUUGCUGGCUGACUGCUUCCCCGCCCCUGGCUCCGGAGGUCGCGGGCGGGCAGGCGGGCGGGCGCCCCGUCCGCCGCUGGCUUCCUCUUCGCAACUCGCUGGCGUGCAUGAGGCCGCUGCCCCCGCCGCAGGCACUGGCGCCCCCCUCGCGGUGCCGGUGGUGAUGCCAUGCCCCGCCACCACGCGGGAGGAGAGGAGGGCGGCGCCGCUGGGCUCUGGGUGAAGAGCGGAGCGGCGGUGGCGGCGGCGAGCGGGGGGCGCCUGGGCAGCGGCAUGAAGGAUGUGGAGUCGGGCCGGGGCAGGGUGCUGCUGAACUCCGCGGCCGCCAGGGGCGACGGCCUGCUGUUGCUGGGCACCCGUGCGGCCGCGCUCGGCGGCGGCGGCCUGAGAGAGAGCCGCCGGGGCAAACAGGGUGCCCGGAUGAGCCUGUUGGGGAAACCGCUCUCGUACACCAGUAGCCAGAGCUGCCGUCGCAACGUCAAGUACCGGCGGGUGCAGAAUUAUCUGUACAACGUGUUGGAGAGACCCAGAGGCUGGGCGUUCAUCUACCACGCGUUCGUUUUUCUCCUUGUCUUUGGUUGCUUGAUUUUGUCAGUGUUUUCUACCAUCCCUGAGCACACAAAAUUGGCUUCAAGUUGCCUCUUGAUUCUGGAGUUCGUGAUGAUUGUCGUCUUUGGUUUGGAGUUCAUCAUUCGAAUCUGGUCUGCGGGCUGCUGUUGCCGAUAUAGAGGAUGGCAAGGAAGAUUGAGGUUUGCCCGAAAACCUUUCUGUGUUAUAGAUACCAUUGUUCUUAUUGCUUCAAUCGCAGUCGUGUCUGCGAAAACUCAGGGUAAUAUUUUUGCCACAUCUGCACUCCGAAGUCUCCGUUUCCUGCAGAUCCUCCGUAUGGUGCGCAUGGACCGAAGGGGAGGCACUUGGAAAUUACUGGGUUCAGUGGUUUAUGCACACAGCAAGGAAUUAAUCACAGCUUGGUACAUUGGAUUUUUGGUUCUGAUUUUUUCAUCUUUCCUUGUCUAUCUGGUGGAAAAAGAUGCCAAUAAAGAGUUUUCUACAUACGCAGAUGCUCUCUGGUGGGGCACGAUUACAUUAACAACGAUUGGCUAUGGAGACAAAACUCCCCUCACUUGGCUGGGAAGAUUGCUUUCUGCAGGCUUUGCACUCCUUGGCAUAUCUUUCUUUGCACUUCCUGCUGGCAUUCUUGGUUCAGGUUUUGCAUUAAAAGUACAAGAACAGCACCGUCAGAAACAUUUUGAGAAAAGAAGGAACCCGGCUGCCAAUCUCAUUCAGUGCGUUUGGCGUAGUUAUGCAGCUGAUGAGAAAUCUGUUUCCAUUGCAACCUGGAAGCCACACUUGAAGGCCUUGCACACCUGCAGCCCUACCAAGAAAGAACAAGGGGAAGCAUCGAGCAGUAAGUUCUGUAGUAAUAAGCAGAAGCUCUUCAGAAUGUACACCUUACGGAAGCAGAGUCAGAAGCUAAGUUUUAAGGAGCGAGUGCGCAUGGCUAGCCCAAGGGGCCAGAGUAUUAAGAGCAGACAAGCCUCGGUAGGUGACAGGAGGUCCCCGAGCACUGACAUCACAGCCGAGGGCAGCCCUACCAAAGUGCAGAAGAGCUGGAGCUUCAACGACCGAACCCGCUUCCGUCCCUCACUUCGCCUCAAAAGUUCUCAGCCAAAACCAGUGAUAGACGCUGACACAGCCCUUGGCACUGACGAUGUCUAUGAUGAGAAAGGAUGCCAAUGUGAUGUAUCAGUAGAAGACCUUACCCCACCACUUAAAACUGUCAUUCGAGCCAUCAGAAUUAUGAAAUUUCAUGUUGCAAAACGCAAGUUUAAGGAAACAUUACGCCCCUAUGAUGUAAAAGAUGUCAUUGAACAAUAUUCUGCUGGUCAUCUGGAUAUGUUGUGUAGAAUUAAAAGCCUUCAAACACGUGUUGAUCAAAUUCUUGGAAAAGGGCAAAUCACAUCAGACAAGAAGAGCCGAGACAAAAUAACAGCAGAACACGAGACCACUGAUGACUUAAGUAUGCUUGGUCGGGUAGUCAAGGUUGAAAAGCAGGUACAGUCUAUUGAGUCCAAACUGGACUGCCUACUAGACAUAUAUCAACAGGUCCUCCGGAAAGGAUCCGCCUCAGCCCUCACUUUGGCUUCAUUCCAGAUCCCACCAUUUGAAUGUGAACAGACAUCAGACUAUCAAAGCCCUGUGGAUAGCAAAGACCUAUCCAGUUCUGCACAAAACAGUGGCUGCUUAUCUAGAUCAGCUAGUGCCAACAUUUCACGGGGCCUGCAGUUCAUCCUAACGCCAAAUGAGUUCAGCACUCAGACUUUCUAUGCGCUUAGCCCUACUAUGCACAGUCAAGCAACACAGGUGCCAAUGAGUCAAAGCGAUGGCUCCUCAAUGGCAGCCACCAACAACAUUGCAAACCAAAUAAAUGUGGCACCCAAGCCAGCAGCCCCAACAACUUUACAGAUCCCACCUCCUCUCCCAGCCAUCAAGCAUCUGCCCAGGCCAGAACCCUUGCACUCAAACCCCACAGGCUUACAGGAAAGCAUUUCUGACGUCACCACCUGCCUUGUUGCCUCCAAGGAAAAUGUUCAGGUUGCACAGUCAAGUCUGACCAAGGACCGUUCUCUGAGGAAAAGCUUUGACAUGGGAGGAGAAACUCUGUUGUCCGUCCGUCCUGUGGUGCCGAAGGACUUGGGUAAAUCUUUGUCUGUACAAAACCUGAUCAGGUCAACAGAGGAAUUGAAUAUACAGCUUUCGGGGAGUGAGUCAAGUGGCUCCAGAGGCAGCCAAGAUUUCUACCCCAAAUGGAGAGAAUCCAAAUUGUUUAUAACUGAUGAAGAGGUGGGUCCCGAAGAGACAGAGACAGACACUUUUGAUACCGCGUUGCAGCCUGCCAGGGAAGCUGCUUUUGCAUCAGACUCUCUAAGGACUGGAAGAUCACGAUCAUCUCAAAGCAUUUGUAAGGCAGGAGAAAGUACAGAUGCCCUCAGCUUGCCUCAUGUCAAACUGAAAUAAGUUCUUCAUUUUCUUUCUAGGCAUAGCAAUUCCUUUAGCCAUACAUAUCAUUGCAUGAACUAUUUUGAAAGCCCUUCCAAACAGUUGAAAUUCCAAGAAUCAGGAUGACCAUGAAAGGCAGUCAUAAACCCAUUAUCUUUUCAUUGCAUGAAAAUGCAUGUUUAGGGAUGGCUGAAAUUCCAAGGUACAUCGACAUUAGCCCAUUCAUUUAGUUAACAACGUACCUGGAGUUAAAAAUUCUGAGAAAACAAACAUUACUAAUGCUGGGGGUGGGGGGGUAUGAAGGUACCAAGAUUAGCUUGUUUACAAGAUUUGACACUGUGUUUUGAAAUUUUAGGCAUUUCUACUUCGUGGUUAAAUACAAACUACAUUUUCAAAAUUAGGCCACAAUGUAUAUUUAAAUGCAACAGCUAUCAACAGUGACUAGCAAGGUAUAAAAUAAAGCAGAACUGGGGAGUAAUGGAAAUGGUUGCUUGUUCUGAAACAUGUUUGCCCAUUCAUUCCUAUCCGGUCAUUUUAUUAUUAAUGUAAUUUGAAUGUUGGUUUUUGUCCUUCUGGUGACUUAGCUCUGUGGCAAGUGCUUUUGCACAUCAUUUUCAUAUCGUUGCUUAAGAUCAGAAUGUUCUUGAGUUAGAAAAUGUGCAAAUCAUGAAAUUCAAGGUCAGUGGGACAAAUAAACUAUCUGACAAAUACAACUUUAUGGAAACAUAUUCCCUGAUGGCUGGAUCAACUUUGUAAGCGGUCAGUUUACAAAGCAGAAGAACCACUGCUAGAACAGCCAAUGUGAUUAGGUUGACCUCUCAGCACUGAUCCCAACUCCAG